GUUCCUCACACAUAACCCUUCUCUAGCGCCAAAGAACUCUUACCUCUCUCCCUCCUGCUCUCUCUCUCUCUCUCUCUAGACAAACACAGAAGCACACGGCACACGGGUAGAUAGGAAGAUGGUUGGAACAAUGGAGGAAGCAACAGGGAUCCCAGGGUACUUCAAGAACAAGGGCAUCCUCAUCACCGGCUCAACAGGCUUCCUUGGAAAGAUACUGGUGGAGAAGAUACUGAGGGUCCAGCCGGACGUCAAGAGGAUCUACCUCCCGGUGCGAGCGCCGGAUGCGGCAUCGGCCAAGAAACGGGUUGAGACUGAGGUGAUCGGGAAGGAGCUGUUUGGGCUUCUGCGGGAGACGCACGGCAAGGGGUUCCAAGCCUUCAUCGAGGAGAAGGUGGUGGCGCUGGCCGGCGACAUCAUCCACGAGAACUUCGGCGUGGAGGGAGCCCAGCUCAGCGAGAUGACCCGGGAGAUCAACGUCAUCGUCAAUGGAGCUGCCACCACCAACUUCUACGAGAGGUAUGACGUGGCCCUUGACGUGAAUGUGAUGGGGGUGAAGCAUAUGUGCCAGCUGGCCAGGCAGUGCCCCAACCUGGAGGUCAUCCUCCAUGUCUCCACUGCUUACGUGGCUGGGGAGAGGCAGGGGUUGAUCCAGGAGCGGCCGUUCAAGUACGGCGAGACCCUGCGCGACGACGAUGGCGCGCAGCCGCGGCUGGACGUCGACGCCGAGCUCAAGCUCGCCAGGGACUACCAGCGGCAGCUCGCCGCCGACGACGCCGAGCAGAAGAACGAGAGGAAGGCCAUGAAGGAGCUCGGCCUCGCCAGGGCCCGGGAGUUCGGGUGGCCCAACACGUACGUGUUCACCAAGGCGCUCGGGGAGAUGACGCUGGGCCGGCUGAUGGGCGGCGGCGACGUGCCGGUGGUGAUCGUGCGGCCCAGCAUCAUCACGAGCAUCCAGCGGGACCCGCUGCCGGGGUGGAUCGAAGGGACCAGGACCAUCGACGCCAUCAUCAUCGGCUACGCCAAGCAGAACCUCUCCUGCUUCCUCGCCGACCUCGACCUCACCAUGGACGUCAUCCCCGGUGACAUGGUGGUGAGCGCGAUGAUGGCCGCGGCGGCGGCGCACGCGUCGUCGCCGCCGCCGCCGCCGCAAACGCCGCCGGCGGUGUACCACGCGACGUCGUCCCUGCGGAACCCGGCGCCGUACGCGGUGCUGUACCGGACGGGGAUGCGCUACUUCAACGCGCACCCUCGGACGGGCCCCGACGGGCGGCCCGUGCGCACCCGGCGGAUCCACUUCUUCGCCACGGUGGCGGCCUUCACGGCGUACAUGGUGGUCCGGUACCGGCUGCCGCUGGAGCUGCUGCGGCUGCUGAACCUGCUCUGCUGCGGCCUGCUGGGCCGCCUCUGCGCCGAGCUGGGCCGCAAGUACGCCUUCGUGAUGCGCCUCGUGGACCUCUACGGGCCCUUCUCGCUCUUCCGGGGCGUCUUCGACGACGCCAACGUCGAGAGGCUGCGGCUGGGCAUGGCGGACGGCGACCGCGUGGUGUUCAACUUCGACCCCAAGACCCUCGACUGGGACGACUACUUCUACAGGAUCCACAUCCCGGGCGUCAUGAAGUACGUGCUCAAGUGAAACUACCCACAUUGUCUGUCAGGCCAGGGUUGGAAUCGCCAUCAUCAGCGAAGAACAAGAGUUGAUCCUGCAUGGUGAAGAUUGAAGAGACAUUAUUGAUCAGUCAGCAGCUAGCUUGCAUAACUAGUUAUAAUUUAGCCGGUUGUUAUUGUUUAAUUACUAUAUAAUACACGAUGGUCGGUCAUCCUAUCCUCCUCAUAACCUCGGUUAUUUGUUGCAGACCUUCAUAAGAUAUGACAUUCUCCGACUAUUUGUUCA